AGAGUACUUCUCUUACAUAGAGACUUUGGAUCAAAUCUGGGAUGAAGAUAAUCUAAUCAGUGCCAAAAAUGCCUGGAAUGCGUUUGUUUGGGAGGCGAUGCUCCCUUGCAACAGACGAUUUUCUUUUUAUUGGAUUAAUAGAUUCUAUCAUCUUUUUACCUUGGUUGGCAUGGAUUCCUGUCAUAUACGCAUCCUACCUCAAACAACGUUCCACUUGUGAAAUAAACGAUUCAGUGCACAUGUUGGACGUAGCCCUUCCGGGUCUGUGCAUUCUGUUCCUCAUGAACUGGCUGGUGUCUGCCUUUUUCGUCAUCUUCAGUGUGAAAGGUACCAUAUCACAGCCAGAAGCAAGGCGACCCGUUGUGAAAAUAGUUUGCAUAAAACUCAUCGUCAGCGCUCUAGACUUUGCAUGGGCCAUUUUCGGAACGGUCAUUCUUACCAGGAGUUCAUUUUGCGACAUCAUCGGAGUUGAAGUUCUCAUUAAAGCGACUACCAUUUUUCAAUGGAUUGCCACUUUUGUGCGAGCUGGAAUGAUGAUCGUCUUUUACGAUUGGAAAACUCCCAAAAAUGCGAAAGCGAGAACAGAGAAAGAAUAUUUCACUGCAUCUGUUCGAACAGGCACAUUCAAGCGCUGGCAUCUGAGACUUCAGGCGCUCUUCUUGUGGUGUACAACUCCUUCUGAUGCUAGAAAAGAAGCUAUUAAAACUGCCUCUGAGUUAAUGGCGCUUUUAUCUUGCGAUUUGGAUUUAGUUGCAUCUGAUGUAUUGGCUGGCUUAUUACUUUACCGUCAAAAAUGUCUUCAGAAGUGGAAAACAGAAAAACUGGCAUUAAUUUCCACUCCGCCUAUAACUGCACAAGACGGCAAGAAGUUGAAUCACUUCCCACCAGACAAUCUUCCAUCGUGGAUGAACCUCCAGCUAGCAAGCAGAUACUUUGAUAUAGGCUUGGGUGUCUUUGGUUGGCCGUGGUAUAUAUACAGAAAUUUAACAUGUGGGUGCUGCCAUCUAUUCAGACGUCUUACGUGUUGCUUCUAUUGCCGAAAACGAUCCAGCAAAGUACUGGGGGACAACUGCUGCGGUUGCAACUUAGCUGGUCUGGAAGCAACGACUGGUCUACCGUAUGAAGACCUUGUCCACGUUAGCUUCGUAGACAAGGUCUUUGAAGUGCCUUUCUUUAUCACAUAUGAUCACGAAACUUCUGCUAUCAUUAUUUCAGCUAGGGGAACUAUGUCUAUGGACGAUCUCUUGACUGACGUAGCAGCUGGUUUCGCCAACAUGGAUGAUCCUGGCUGUCCACCUGGAGCUCUGUGCCAUGGAGGGAUGCUGAGCGCUGCACGUGAAAUCAAGUGCAAACUUGAAGAGACAAAUAUUAUAGAUAUAGCGCUGAAAGAGAGGCCUGGAUAUAAAGUAGUUGUAACAGGGCACAGUUUAGGUGCAUCUGUGGCUUCUAUCCUUACUUUACUUUUGAAGAAUUCGUAUCCAAAUAUUCAGUGUUUUGCUUUUGCACCAGCACCUACUGUGAAUAAAAUAGCCCUUCCGUCCACGUUUGAUAAUGUGUUUACUAUAGUGUAUGGAAAUGACAGCGUAGUUUAUCUUAAUUACGAGAAUAUUAAGUACAUGGUAGUGGAAAUGGUAAAAUGUCUGAAGAACUGCAAUUUACCCAAGUACAAAGUAUUCAUGAACUAUCCGGAGCCAGCGGAGAUACAUAAUUCAAAUGAGAAAAGUGCAAAAAUUGAUAAAGAUCCGAAAGCUAAUGGGACCUGCAAUGAAGGAGAAUGUUUCACGUCAGGUAGCCAGUGUAAUGCUGAAUAUGGUGGCUUGAGUGCGCCGUUUGUAACUGAAAGUCUGUAUGUUGGUGGCACAAUAUUACAUAUAAGGCUGACAGAUGAUGGGUAUCGGAUGAAACUCUCCACAGCAGAUGAUUACAAAAAUUUAGCCUUCCGUCCAAAGAUGAUCCUUCAUCACUUUCCUCAAUAUAUCCAGGGAUGUCUGAGGCAUUUGGGAAAAACUCCUAUGGUGAAUGCGACAACUUUAGUUUGUCCACUGGAUUAGGAUGUCGGGAAUUUCUUGCAUGUCUUCAAUCCAUCAUCUUCUGUGGUCAUUAGAAGGAACGAAAACUGCAUCUUUUUGUAUAGAAUCUUCAAAUGAAACGAUCUACUUACCAAGAAUGUGUGUCCCAUUUGUUUAAGUCAUAACUCCAUGAUAAUGAUUAGUUGAUAACUGAUUCAAAACAAAAUAAUUCAUUGUGUUUUCUGAAUGAGUAAGGGGAAGUAUGAUGACAUGUUUAAAGACAAAGUAGAUUAUUUUAUUUGUUCUUAAUUUACGUUAUCAUAUUAACAAAUAGAGAUAGAUAAUUAAAUGUUAUGCUGAAAUUAGGAAGAUGAUAGAUUUUUUAAAAUUUUCCUGAAUGCAUUUUUUUGGCUUCAUUCAUGUUUAAUUACAUUUAAAAUUCAUUAAUACAAAGCUUAAAGGGAUAAAAAAUUUUAGAAAGGUAUUUUAUGUUUCUUCCUAUUUGUCUGUCGUGAGCUUUCUGGAAAGUGGAAAUUAUCUAUAUUAACACAUAUAUUUUUUACAUUCCGAAACGUUAUUAAUGCUUUAUAGAUUUCCUUUGUAUGAAACAAAUACUUCACUACGUCUGAUAAGGAUGAAGGAUAAAUUUGUUUUUCUGUCAAUAUGAAACAUCUCGGAGAUUUCUCAAUUCAAAAUCAUUAAAUUAAAUUCAUGUUUCUCUAGUUCUAUAAAUUUACAUAUACAGGUAGUUUCAUGUAAAUAUGUUAUUUUGUUAUAUAUUGAAUCAUUUGACAUUUACAUAGAAAAUAUGAAAUACUGUGAUAAUUUGAGAUCAAAAUGUGUAUAUAUGUUGCUCAUUUGUUAUUUUUUGUACAUGAAUUUGUAAAAUAUACGAAAAUGAAGUAUUCAUAUGUGUAAUUACUUUAGAAUGGUCAUUCUAAAUUUUUUAUCCAUAUGAAUUCUGAAAUACGAUACGGUUGUGACAAUGAAUGUAUAAAUUUACAAUUAUUUACUUUGAAAACUGACUUGUGAGGUUAAAGUGCAAGAUCCUAUGUAUAAUUUUGCAGAUAUAUAAUUUCUUGUGAAUUUUCGACAUUGUGAUGUUGUACAGAUAUAUAAUUAACAUAUUUUUAUACCAAAUAUAAAUAAAUGCUUUUAUUAAAACA